UUUUAUUUUGACAUCUCGUUAGGCGACAGUAAUCCUGCACACGCCAAUGUUGUUAUACAACACAUGUAGUCCUCCAGAAGCAGUUAUUCCUGAACUAUCUGUAGUGACAGAUGGAGGCGUUGCUGAAGCGGGAGCUGGGCACGGUGCUUUUAAAAAGCGCUGGACAUUCAGCUGGAGGAUGCAUCAGUGAAGGCCAAAGCUAUGACACUGAUACUGGACGAGUGUUUGUCAAGAUCAAUCACAAAGAGGAGGCUAGAAGGAUGUUUGAUGGAGAGAUGGCGAGCUUGGAAGCGAUCCUGUCAACAAACACAGUCAAAGUACCCAGACCUGUAAAGGUUGUGGACCUUGAGAGAGGGGGAUCUGUUUUCAUAAUGGAUCAUGUGGAUAUGAGGAGCUUAAAUAAAUACUCAGCCAAGCUUGGGGAUCAGCUGGCUGAUCUGCAUCUUCACAACAAGAGACAGAUAGAGAAAGAAAACAAGGAGCAGCAGACUGUUGGAAAAGGAUCAGGACAGUCUGAAAUUGCUGCAGUCAACAAGUUUGGGUUUCAUGUGACCACAUGCUGCGGUUAUCUCCCUCAGGUAAAUGACUGGCAGGAUGAUUGGGUGUCUUUUUACUCUCAGCAAAGGCUUCAAUAUCAGCUUAGCUUAGUGGAGCAGUCAUAUGGAGAUAGAGAAGCCCGGGAACUAUGGACCAAACUCCAACUGAAGAUCCCCGAGUUGUUUACAGACGUUGAAGUUGUCCCAGCUCUUCUGCACGGAGACCUCUGGGGAGGAAAUGUAGCUGAAUGUUCUGACGGCCCCGUCAUCUUUGACCCAGCGUCUUUUUAUGGACAUUCAGAGUUUGAACUGGCUAUUGCUGGCAUAUUUGGUGGCUUUGGGAGCUCUUUUUACAAUGCUUACCAUGAGAAGAUCCCAAAGACUGCUGGGUUUGCAAAGAGGCAGCAACUGUACCAACUUUUCCACUACCUGAACCACUGGAAUCACUUUGGUGCUGGAUACAGAGGCUCUUCCUUACGCAUCAUGAAAGAUCUUGCCAAGUAAACAGACUCUAUAAAUGUUUAUGUUAAACUAACCCACAAAUCAAACUUAACAGUUUGUGCAUGACCAUACUUGCAACAAACAUUUCCAGUGUGAUGACACAAACAGAGACAAAGAUAUUUGUAUUGAUGAAAAUAUAUUUAACAAAGAAAAGUCAUUGUACUUUCAAAUGGUCAUUGUUUAAAAUGUAACAUUCCUAAUUGUGAAUUGCACUUUAACCUUAAACUGUUAAUGCUUUAAAAAGAACUUGUCGUGACUCAUGGCACUUUGAUUUCAAAUCAGAUGUGUGCAUUAUGUGUCAAUAAAUAUUAUUCCAUAACA